UCUCAUGUUUGGUGUAGGGCCCCACAAACGACUGGCUCGUGCCAGACGUUGGUUCUCAUUGUGUUCCAGUUCCUGUGGCUGACUGGCAGCCAGGCAGCGGCCGACGUCUCACCUCGAAGGAACACCGGACCGGCCAUGACAUCUCCGCUGCCGGAGGGCCCUUACCACGUGCGGCUGGGGACUCAGGGUAUGAGCCCCAUACUGAAGUGCAGCGAGUCAUCGACAGUGUCAACGUGCCAGUCGGAGCCAGUGACACCCCGAGAUGGUCGCCACGAGCGCUGGGCCACGUUGAAAGAUGCAAAAAAGUCUUUGGAGGACCAAUUGGACGCUGUGCAACAGGCGCUGCAAGAACUGCAUGAGGAAAAGCUGACGGAAGCACACAAAAAGGCAGAAGACAAGGCAACGUUGGCUGAGUCUUUGCAGGAUCAACUGGAAAAGCUCACGGCGAAGUUGGAUGAGGCCAAACGGCACAAGCAGGCAACCGAGGCUGAAAGUAAGCAUCUGAAGAUUGAACUGGAGAAUGUGCGCAACCAACAGGCCAAAGAAAAGAAAGCACUAGUUUCGGCCUCGCAGGAGCAGCUUAAAGCCUUCAUCUCAGUCAAGCAGCAACUCGACAGCCUCAUUGAAGACCAUGUUCGAUUGCAGGAGCGGAUGGAGGCCGCAACGGCUUGCGCACCGGGGCAUCAAGAAGAAGACUCUAUGGUGGUCGAAGAUUCACGUCGGCCACGGUGGGGGAGUCCGUCCGACCUGGGCGAUUCACAGGUGCUGCCAGGAGAAGUUGGCCCCGAAAAUCCUCAGGCGCAAGAGCUGGCAUCUAGGCCGGAGCCGGCAGCAUCCAAUUCGCCACUCAACUCCGAGGAACCUGCAAGAGGGCGAAGGUUCCGGCCUACACAGAACUGCCCAGGUCCACCAGUGAGGGCUGCUCGAUCGCAGACGCCUUCGAGCCCCACCCCUCGGAGCGAGUUCAGAGUGCGAUUGGAGCAAUGUGGCGAUCGAAGGUUGGGCAUGAAGCUGGACAACGGUGGGCACGUAGUGAUCAUCGACCGCAUUGAUGAGGGCUUGGUCAAGGAGUGGAACAACGCUGCAGAAAGAUCGCAUAGAGUGCCAGUGCAGCGACACGACCUGAUCGUUGAGGUCAACCGGGUUCGAGGAGAUGCGUGUGACAUGAUCAUGGAGUGCGAGAAGGAUCAGGUCCUGCAAAUGAAGAUUCUGAAAGUGGAUGGAGCAGACCCGUGGAGCAACCGGAUCUACGCCCUGGCACGCGUGAGCUGCGACGGGGGGUGCUUACACCGGGCGCCGAGCAAUCUGUUGAAUGAUUGGGACCUUGCGCUCCAGGCCAUUGGCUCAUCCGAGGGCCCAUUCGAUGCUUUGGACCGUUUGGCGAACUGCAAGAAGUCGAAUCUUUUGCGCAAUCGCUCCUUCGUGGAAGAGGCCGUCGAGCGAACACGGUCGCCUUGGCUCUUGAGGCUUCCCCAAUUGAAGCACUUCAGUGAGGAUCAAGAGUUGCGCAAUCGCUGUGAAAGAGCGGCUGGGACUGGGCUGGUCUUCACGUGGUACCAGAGUGCCACAUGCUUCAUGAGGAUGAGGGAGUAUUUCAAGGCGACUGGAGCUUCAGUCCCCGGCGGUGCAGCAUAUGAGGCAGUCAUGGAAGAGUUGAAUCGUCGACCGGGAGGUGCUGCCACUGUGUGGUUCGGGGACGAGCCGGUCUUCGGCGUUUCGGCCAAUGGCGGCAAAUGGCAGCACCCAACAACAGAGUGUGGCCGUGACAUGGUCCCUGUCCCCGGCGGGAAACGCAACGGCAAGUGGGACUGCAAAGUCGAAAGCAGGACUGGAGAUCGUGAACCUGAAGUGGGGUCCCGGCAUAAAUGUUGGUGCUGCCGGUGGCUGCGAAGAGUCCAAAAGAUGCACCGCGAAGGCUACGUGAUUUGCUGCACGACAUCCAAUAUUUUUGAUCGAGAGUGGGUGGGAGACGAAAAGCAAGCUGGCUCAUCUGAGCUUAGCGACCUUCAGGCGAGGAGGUUUCGUCAACCGAAGGAAGAUUUCCGCAACGGACGGCCGAAAAGGUGGGGCACAGGUCGCAUCCAGAUCCCCAGCGAAGAACAUGGUGGAGAUUUCAAUCGUGAAGCACCAGUUCACGAGCGAACGAACCUGCCUCUAGGGCAAGGGUGCCGUUGGGAACGAUUAGCGCUCGAUGGACUGGGGUUUCCUGUCUUUGUAUUUUUCAUGCCAUGAUGUCUAAGAUGAAGAAUCGGGUCUUCCAAUGAAUUUGGAAGAUAGACAUGUCUGCAGAAUUUGGAGGCUGUUGUUUUGCGCGAAGCGCAGAGGCCACAAAGCCACAAAUUUGUACUGGAAUGGGUGCGUGAGGUAUAUUGCGCAUUGGCUUUGUAAAUCC